AUGGCCCCGGCAGACAAAGAGAGGAUUAACACUGGCAUCAACAAGUUUUUGUCCGCGAAGAGAAAGGAGGCUGGGGAGUCCAUGGAUGGGGCCUUGCAGAAAAAACGGAAACAAGAUGCCUUGCCUAAGUUGUCGAGCAAGGACUGGUUGCAGUGCAUGCAGAACUCUUUCGAGGCUGGUCGUGGAUCAGGCUUGGAGGAUUGGCUCGUCGAAGAGCGGGCCUGGGACGAUGACGAGGGCGAAAACGAGGCCGAGCCUGGCAUGUGCGUCUUCCUCUGCGACCAGCAUCAGGUGCAGUGGUGCGCAAUCUAUUACCUCAUCUACCAGAGGCGAGGGGCCUUCUUGGGCCUCAAUGGCCCCAUUCACAGACGGAACAACGAUUGCGACCGUGCUUGUGUCGCUGCAGGCUUCUACACCACGCAUUUGUCAGACAUGCUGAUCGGCAACAUCAGCUACGGCCCGUGGCACGGGCGUAAAUUCUGGCACGAGAUUUGCGAUCAAGCCAAGGACGCAGUCCUGGCCCUCGACGAGCACAGCCCGUUGUUGAUCAAGAUGUGGCCUGCCAUCUGCAAGGACCGCGGCUGGGUUGAGGACAAGGAUACGAACUCUGCUGCCAGGACUCGCUGGCUUAAAGACUUACCACUCUCCAGAGAUUUUUCUACCAUCGGUCCGAGGUCGAGCACGGGGCGGUGGAUGUCGAUCCACAAGCAGGGCAUGUAUCGGGACAAAAACUACCACACGAAGCUCUUUGUCUUAAUCUUGUACGCGGUCGGCAAAGGUUGGGAGACCUCAUGGGCUGCGCUUAUGGAGAGGCAUCGCCGCAUACAGAAGCCGCCUCCUACGUCCAGCGCGUCGUCUGGCACUUCGAAGGGCGACCCGGAGAAGGGCAAACCAGGGCCCUCGAUUGCAGCCCUGUCGGCCUCAGCAAAGAGCACAACUAAGCAGUCAUUGUACAAGGGGGCCGUCAAUGGCCUGCACGGGGCAAUUCGGAUCAUGGCGUCCCCAGAUCACAUUGACAAGUCGAGGAUCAAAAUGCUGUUGUUCGAGCCUCUCCAUCGCGAACACUCUAGCACAAUCGUCGACAUGAAGGGCCAGAGCGAGUCCAUGCAGUUCUACAUUGAUAUGGCGAAGGGGUUGUGGCUCGAUCCUUUGAAGAAGUCAAUCAAGGCGUUGCACGACUUAAGAGGCUUAUGGAGGGCUGGCUUCGUCGUGGAUUCCUCGGAAGCCGACUUGGCGGGGCUGACGUUGCAGAGCGCGCGAGUCCAGGCCGACGAUGCGCUCGCAGCGUCGGCGUGGAGAUUAUUAUCGAAUAUUUUACACCAGCGGUGCGGGUCCAUGGCGAGGCACACCUUCACCUACCCGUUCGUCCUCGCCAUGGUCGGGUCGAGUCAGGAGGCAGAACGGAAAAAGGGCAUGGAGUUGUUCCAUAAGGAUUGGCAUGCCUUUGCCGAGGCAAAGAAUUCAGCCACGGUGUCCAUGCAGCGACUGGCAGCCCGAAGUUGCCUGCACGUCAGGGCCAUGGAAGACACGGCCAGGAUGGCGAGGAAGGACGCCUGGAAGCCCACGGAGCGCAUCAUCAACCGUUGCAGGGAGAUCUUCUCGGGUUUCGGGCAGGAGAAGAUCGUGGAGGAUGCCUUGCAGAAGUGUAGACUUCAGGAGGAGCGGCGCUCGGGCCAGAAGAUGGUCAAGCAGUGGCGCGUCUUUGAGUUGCCGUCGGCUGCGGGUUUGAUCAAGCAGUACGGUCGGGAGGAGGUCGUGCCCGAUGAGACCCCAAUCCAGGUCGACGGAACCGGCGACGCGAUCUUCAACCACACCGGCAAGUUCGAUAACGUCAGCUUCGACAGCAUCAGGACAGCUGACGGUUGGCAGACCUGGGACGCGCAGUCCGUGAAAGUGCAGAGCGCGGAGGUGGCCUUGCUGAGGUGGGCGCGCGCGUCUGGUCAGUGGGCGAAAAUCGACGAGGUCUGGAGAGCCGCUUUGAUCCCACCUCGCCAAUGUAUUUUGUGCCGUGCAAAGAAAAUAUUUCCCCACGGCCGGUGGGAUUUUCUUCUCUGUGUUCGUUACGCAGGCGGGGGUAUUGGGUUGGAAGGCGCGUGUGACUGGCAACAAUUGCAUGUCUUUGGACCUGCAAGUUUCCGAGUUGGAGUGGCACUUCGUCACUGA